AUGGACCCAGCCGACGACCGCGCCGCGCUCUCAACCUGCACCACCUGCACCUUCCCCGACGACUUCUCCAACUACUGGACCGCCGUCCUAUACUUCCGCGCCCGCAACGGCACCUACAAGCGGGUCCCACAAACCGGCGCCAUCUUCAGCGAAGCGGCCCGCGGCGGCGGCAUCACCAUCUACUACUUCCCGCCGCGCAAAGACCCCACCAACAUCGUCCCCUUCCGGCAGGGCUUCCGCAUGCGCACCGGCAACCCCAACGCACGCAACGACCCCUCCCCAGGCAUCGACUACACGUGCCUGCUCCGGCCCGACACGCGGUACACCAACCGAUCGGUCACCUUUCCCGGACCGCCCCUGCCCCGCGGGCCUCAUCACCACGCUGUACUUCCCGCCGUGUUGGGAUGGCGUGCGCCUCGACAGCCCCGACCACGUCAGCCAUGUGGCGUGGCCGGCGGGGGGCGCGGCCGGUUAUCACAGAAACAUAUGCCGUUGCCAACUCCCGUCCCAACCCUCGCGCCUUCAACAGGCACCAGCGACUCCUCCGUCCCCAGCCAGCCCGUGAAUAUCCACCCCAACAGCAACAACCCCUGGGCUGCCGCCCUUAACAACAAGAACAACGACAACAACAACAACGCAGCAGCAGCAACAACAAUAGCAGCAGCAGCCAACACCACCACCGCCGACCUGACCGUAACCCCCGCUAUCCCCAACCCCGAGGUCACAGCACACCUCGCCAGGACAGCCACCGCGGCCAACGGCAAGGCGGCACCGACGACCAUGGGCCACAAGUCGCGCAAGGCGGUCCUGUACAUCACCUCCUUCUUCGUGCCCCCGCUGGCCGUGUACCUCCGGCGCGGCGCCCACAGGAAGCACUUUGGUCUGAGUGUUUUGUUGACGCUUCUCGGCUGGAUCCCUGGUGUGCUGUACGCCAUGUACCACGUUUCGAAGUAG